AUGGCGACGUCCAUCAUUCAGAUGAUUGAUAAUAUUUUUCAUCAAGCAAAAGACACUACUCAAGAAGAAAUUGAUAGUAUUUGUUCAAGGAUCCUCAACAAUCUCUAUGUUCCAGAGCAGUCUGGAGAAAGCUUGAAUCUUUUACGACAACUUUUUCUUAUCCUGCAUGUAUCACUGACAGAGCCAUGCUUACCAAAAAAGUUCAUUGCAACAAUGGUGAACAUGGUGAGUUCUAUGGACAGAGAAAAAACCAAGGAAUGUUUAUUGUGUGAACAAAUGAUGACAGAACUGUUACCAAGGGAUAGAGAGGAACUUGGAGCAGAUUUCUACACAGAGGACGAGCGUGUUGACCCUAAGUCUGUGGCCAACUCAUUUACUGUGUACCGAAUCCAGGGAAACAAAAACAGAUGCAUUGAAAAACUGAUACCACAAGCUGUCAGGUGGAUGUGUGGUGAGAAUGUGGAGCCCAUCGUACAGAGACAGACAUUCUCCUUCCUAGUGGCAGUGUCUCUCCAGCAUCGACUUCUCCUAACUGAAGGCAAUAUAAAAGACUGUAGUAGAAGCAUUUCAAAAUGGAUGAUGUUGGCCAGUUUACAACAGGCCCCCAACCCAUACAAAAUGAAAAUAUUCAAGAAGGACCAGAACAGUGUGGUAACGGAGGUUGAUGGCACACCAAGCCGAAAUUUCUUCACUGUUCUCAAUAUUGGUCAGUAUUACACAGAGGACCAAUUCCUGAAUAUCUACAGUUUUUCUUUACUGUAUAAAUGGUUACACCAAUGUUUUACUGUGGAGGCCUCGUCGUCAGCUGCAGAGAGUGACCGCUCUCAUGUAAGCUCUACUUCAUCACCAGCACACAGAGUAUUUGAUGUCCUGGUCAACAAGUCCAUUGACUACUGCUUCAGAAUCCUUGACCAGUGUGACAGAAAACCUAAAGUUCAGUCUGACCAGGAUUUACAGAAUGCUUGUUUACUUGAGACAGUGAAUGUCCUUGACCUUGUUUGUAAGAUUGACACGGGUCAGAUAUCCAAGGUAUUCCAGGAAAUGCGUCACCUAUACAACAGACUUUCCCAAGACUUAGGCAAGUCUCGCCUAUUGCUACCCAUCUUACAAUUCUAUAUGAACCAUAGUAAGGCAGUGCUACAUGACCCUCAGGAAGCCUACAGGCUCAUCUUUCACACAGUGCUCUCUCAGAGUUUCAUGGACAAUGCUUUGAUGUUUGACAUGGUCAUGUUCCUGCGACAGAAUCUAGAGGCUUUGUGUCACAACACUCAAAUCCUCACCACUUUCUUCCCCAACAUCUUUAAGAUUCUAGCAUGGAACCCAAGGACCUAUUUGAGUGAGUUUGAAGAACUACUACCAGCUCUGAUGUCAUCUUCUACAGCACUAGAGGUAAAGCAUUGGUCUCCAAGAAUAUUUUUAGACUCUGCACAACCUCCUCCCCAGAUUCCCAAGCAGGAAUCAGGCGGUCAAAAUUACAAGGGUAUUGGGAAUCAGAAGCCAAACACCAUCAAGCAGUCACCACCAGCAAACCCAUACAAAGGAAACGCCAACAAAGGAGGUAACUACAGUAUGAAGGGGUCUUCUACACCAUCAACACCUGGCAGCAAUCGUGUUCACACCAUCUCAUCCCUCACACCCUAUCAGAACAGAUGGAGAAUCAGGGCGAGAAUAACACAGAAAGGUAGCAUACGGACAUGGAGUAAUUCACGGGGUGAGGGAAAGCUGUUCAGUGUGAAUUUCACAGAUGAGUCUGGAGAAAUACGAGCAACAGGUUUCAAUGAGGCUGUAGACAAAUACUAUGAAAUGCUGGAAAUGAAUAAGGUUUACUAUGUGAGCAGAGGAACACUCAAGACAGCCAAUAAACAGUACAGCAAUGUACAGAAUGACUAUGAGAUGACCUUUAAUCAGGACACAGUGAUAGAGCCUUGUACAGAGGAAGUAGAUCUACCUGGCAUUAAAUUUCAAUUUGUUGCUCUCAAUGAACUUGAUAGUAAAGCAGCUAACUCCUUAGUGGAUGUGAUAGGAGUAGUAAAGAGCUGCAAUGAGGUAGGAACAGUGACUGGGAGACAGAGUCAGAAGGAAAUCACAAAGAGGGACAUAUCCAUAGUCGACCAGUCUGGCAUGGCUGUCAACUUGACACUGUGGGGAAAUGAUGCUGUGACAUUUAGUGGUGAUGGUCACCCAAUCAUGGCUGUGAAGGGAGCACGUCUGUCAGACUUCGGAGGAAGGUCAUUAUCUGUAUUAGCCAGUAGUCAGGUGGUAAUGAACCCCACUGACCUCAAGGUUGCCUUUCAACUGAGGAGUUGGUUUGACUCAGAGGGACAAGGAAUGGAGUUCCAGAGCUUCCGGGGUGAAGGUGGCAGUGGAUCAGGAAGCGGUACUAAUUGGAUGACAUUUGCUGAUGUCAAGUCUCAGAAUAUUGGUGGUGGGGAGAAGGCAGACUACUUCACUUCUAAAGGAACUGUGAUAUUCCUCAGGAAGGAGAACUGCAUGUACAAGGCCUGUCCAACAGAAAGCUGCAAUAAAAAACUGAUUGACCAAGGCAAUGGCAUGUUCAGGUGUGAAAAAUGUUCCAGAGAAUUCCCAAAUUUCAAGUGGAGGAUGAUUUUGUCUGCCAACCUUGCUGACUUCUCUGACAACCAGUGGGUGACAUGUUUCCAAGAAUCUGCUGAGCUAUUGUUGGGGAAAAAUGCUCAGGAACUGGGUGACAUGAAGGACUCGGAUGAAGCUUCUUUUGAUCAAGUGUUUCAAGAUGCCAUGUUUAAGCCCUACAUAUUUAAGCUAAGGGCAAAAAUGGAAACAUACAAUGAUGAAACCAGAUUGAAGACGAUAUGUGUGAAUGCCAACCCCAUCAACUGGAAAGAAUACGGCCACCGAUUAGUGGAAGAAAUUAACAAACUUGCAGUAUGAACAUGGACCUACGAUAUUGUGAUGAUUGUAAUCAAAUGGAACAUAAACUUGUCAUUUGGUGGAAUAUUUAGAUGGUGACUUGCUUUUUAAUAUGUGUUAAUAUAAGUUAAAAAAAAAGACAACAGAACAGAAAGCAAGAACCGUUAGGUAUACUACACAGUGAUAUAAACCAACAAAUGAUCUCUGGAUUGUUUUGAUUGGUUAUUGUGACAGAUGCCAGCCCUUGUAUCGUAGUCCGUAUUUAAAGAAGCGUGGUUUUGAUUGGUUACUGUGACAGAUGCCAGCCCUUGUAUCGUAGUCCGUAUUUAAAGAAGCGUGGUAUAAUACAGUGAUAUUCUGAGGUAUUUGUAAUGAAUGUGUCUGUAUACAAAAUGUAUAUAGAAGAAACAUAUAAUAUUCAUUUGUUGGUAGUAUUGAAAAAAAAAUCCUGGAAUUUGGUCUUAUAAUGUUUACUUUAGCUUUCAGGAAUUCUUGGGCAUUUUCAACCUGGCAAGAAAAUAUUUUUCGUUCUGGAGGGUUGUACAGUAAUAUCUUAUUUGCAUGUUAGUCAUUUCAUAUGAAGCCUUUGUUAUUGAGGAUGAUAAAUUUUGUGUUGGGAUUUUAUACUUCAUAUUUUGUUCAAAAUGGCUUCCAAUGUAGCCAGUUAGUGCUGUAGAUUAUAUUGUUUGCUAAUCUCAAGUAGAUCCAAAGAUGUUUCUAUUUCCUAAAACUGCUCAUUGAUUCCAGGUGUCAGUAUAUAGCUAAAAUAAAUAUCUGAAUACAGCUAAA